AUGUCCACGGCGAAGCGGCAGGCAGACCGUCAGCUGACGGCUGACAACAACGAGGAUAGCGAUGACGGGGCGAACAGCUCUGGCUUGUUCCAAAAGGCUUCCUCUGAAACCUUGGCCAAGCGCAAGAUUGUGUCAGCCAAGCGCAAUUCAAGUACAACCAGCUCACCGAAUCCCUUGGCAGCUUUCAAGGGGUUUGGUUCCUCAGGCACAGAUCUCAAGUCCAACCUGUCAGGCUUCAAGGCCCCCAGCGACUCGGCUGGCUCCCCUUUUGGCAAGUCUGCGACAGCGGGUAGCGGUGAUGCGCGCACUCCCUUUUCAGGAGGUGCAAGCAAGGGCGGCUUUUCUUUUGGCAACAAGACAGACAGCAGCAAGACGGCCUCGCCCUUUGCCGGAUUUGGUGCCAAAUCGGCCGGCUCAGAGUCAAGCUCAACUCCGGCGUCCCCCUUUGGCCAAGGUGCCAAGACAUCAGGCUUCAAGUUCGGCAGUAGUGCAUCCGACUCGCCAAGCACUACCACCAAGCCAGUCUUUGGGGGUGCAUCGACGUCAGACCCCAAGAAAAGUGGUUUUGGCGGUUUUGGCGGUUUUGGUGGCUUUGGUGCCAAGAAGGAUGACCAAAAGAAGGAGACCCAGGAGGCCAGCAAGGACGAGGAUGAGGACGAAGAGGUUGCGCAAGUGGACGAUGAAGGCGACGACGACGACGCCGGCGCGGCUGAGGAUGACAAUGGCGGUGACGAGGGCGAUGAUCACGACAAUAGCAACGAUGACAAUGACGACGACGACAACGACGACGAUGACGAUGAUGAUGAUGAUGAUGAUGAUGAUGAUGAUGACGACGAUGAUGAUGAUUCCAAACCGGCACCCAAGCUCUCAUUCGCCCCUUCAUCGACUGGAACUGGCUUUGGUGGGUUUGGCGCCAAGCCCGCCACAAGCUGGCGCGAGGAUCAACUUGGCAAGCUCAAGGCACUGAACACUGCUUUUUUGAAACAUGUGACGGCCGAGCUUGCCCAACCGGGUGCCGUGGAUUUGACUCCUGUUCUGGAUGAUUACAAGAAACAUCUGAGCACAAUUCGUAGUAGCUCGGCGCCCGCUGCGAGUGCCAAGCCCGAUGUCCAGCCGAGUGCCACCAGCGCAGGCACUGAUGCGAAUAAGCCUACAGCCAGCGAGGCGAAAACGGGUGAUGCUGCCAAGGAAGACUUGCCCGAUGAAGGCGAAACGCUUCACAGCGUGCGUGCCAAGCUGUUUUACAAAGUCAAAGAUGCGUGGAAAGAUUCGGGUACAGGCACGCUGCGCGUGUUGAAGGAAUCGGAUACGAAGAAAAUUCGCCUCAUCAUUCGCGAGGAUGAGGGAUCGCGAAAAAUUCGCCUGAACGUCUAUCUUCAAAAGGAUUUGCCAGUGCUGGAUGCGCAGAAGAACACGGUCAUGUUGACGUUGGUUCCCAACCCGCCUUUGGAGCCGGAAAAGAAGGAUCCGGAAGCAGAUUCCGCUUCCGGUCCAGUGCCAGCCCUUCUCAAAGUCAAGACGCCCGUCUUUGCUCAAAACUUGGCCAAGAAACUCAAGGAGCUCCAGGCCUCUUUGUAAUCAGCCACGAGAAAGGUCAAAACUCGAAAUUGAAUUCUGGGCAUGGC